CCAGUCUCCACCUGGCUCCCCGGCCCGGUGCAGGCUGAGGAGUCUCCCUUCCUGGGGGCGGGGGCCCCGCCGACCAAGCUGCCCCCUCCGCCUCCACCUCGGCUUCUGGCCAGAAGCUGGAGACGGCUUGGCCAACAAGAGGGAGAAACGACCCAGCCGUGCUUUCUACCUCUGAUAGAAAUGUCUGCAGACGGCAGAGGCACCCGGGCCACCCAGGACAAGGAGAGAGCCCGAGAGGUUCCAGGUCAUGGGCAUCCUUGUCAAGAAAUGCUCUCUGAGUCAGAGGAGACGGUGCCUUUGGGAGCUGCUUGGGACUCAACCCAUAUCAAGAUGGAGCCAGAAGAGCCCCACCCUGAGGGUGCAUUGCAGGGGGACGGGGUACCAGGAGUGCCAAGCUGGAUGUCCCUAAGCCAGGGCUCUAAGGAGAAAACUCUUUUCCUGCCUAGUGGAGCCCUCCCCUCCCCCCAGAUCCCUGUGCUUUCUCGGGAGGAGAGGACCAGGGACCGGCAGAUGGCUGCGGCACUCCUCAGCGCCUGGUCCCAGAUGCCAGUGACCUUUGAGGAUGUGGCUCUGUACCUCUCCCGGGAGGAGUGGGGGCGGCUGGACCACACGCAGCAGAGCUUCUACAGGGACGUCCUGCAGAAGAGGAAUGGGCUGGCCUUGGGAUUUCCCUUCAGCAGACCUUUCUGGACCUCCCAAGGACAGGGCAAGGGUGAGGCCUCGAGCUCAUGCCAGCGGAUGGGAGAUGAGGAGGAAGAGAAGACAGAAUUACCCUGGGUCCCUCACGAAAGUCUCUCUCUCGCUGGAAACCCUCUCUCUCCAGGAGCCAUUGAGGUGGGGAAGGAGGAGCCGGCCCUGUCCCUGGCAGCCUUUGGGGAGGUGAAGUCUUUCAGAAGCAGGGUGGGGAGAGCCCAGGGGGAUGUCCUGCAGUGCGGGCAGCAAGUAGGCAGCGGCCAGAGCUCCAGGCCAGCCAAAGACGAUGGGCAGCCAGGUCCCCCAGAGGAGAGACAGGCAAAACCAGCCCCGCCUGACACCAGCCUCACAAAAGCCCAGGAGGGCCGCCUCCCAGAGAAACCCCGAGAGAGGCGGAUGGGCACCCCUGAGAGCAGUGAGGAGGGCCUGACCCCCGACGGUGACGCCAACAAGAAGACUUACAAGUGCGAGCAGUGCGGCAAGGGCUUCAGCUGGCACUCCCACCUGGUCACCCACCGGCGCACACACACGGGCGAGAAGCCGUAUGCCUGCACAGACUGCGGCAAGCGCUUUGGCCGCAGCUCACACCUCAUCCAGCACCAGAUCAUCCACACGGGUGAGAAGCCCUAUACCUGCCCCUCCUGCUGGAAGAGCUUCAGUCACCAUUCGACGCUGAUCCAGCACCAGCGCAUCCACACGGGUGAGAAGCCCUACGUGUGCGACCGCUGUGCCAAGCGCUUCACCCGCCGCUCGGACCUGGUCACCCACCAGGGCACCCACACGGGCGCCAAGCCCCACAAGUGCCCCAUCUGCAGCAAGUGCUUCACGCAGAGCUCGGCCCUGGUCACCCAUCAGCGCACCCACACCGGGGUCAAGCCCUACCCGUGCCCUGAGUGCGGCAAGUGCUUCAGCCAGCGCUCCAACCUCAUUGCUCACAACCGCACGCACACGGGCGAGAAGCCCUACCACUGCCUCGACUGUGGCAAGAGCUUCAGCCACAGCUCACACCUCACGGCCCACCAGCGCACCCAUCGUGGCGUCCGGCCCUACUCCUGCCCUCUCUGUGGCAAGAGCUUCAGUCGGCGCUCCAACCUGCACCGGCACGAGAAGAUCCACACAACAGGGCCCAAGGCCCUGGCCAUGCUGAUGCUGGGGGCAGCGGGGGCUCUGGCUGCACCCCCGCCUGCUCCCACUUAGGAGGCCGGGAGGGGGGGCCAGCAUGGGGGAGGCACAA